AUGAAGCUCAACCUCAAGAACAAGCUGGAUUCCGUCAGGGUUUCAGCUUCGUGGACCACAUCCGGACCGUGUCAUAGAAGGCUGCCGGGGAUACUGCCCUCCUCCUGUCGAACCUUCGUAAACUACGAGAAAGCUUUCGACAGCGUUGAAACGAAUGCAAUACUGUCAACGCUAGUCGAUCAAGGUGCGUCGUUCCACUGUUCCCUCACCAUAGCCACUGGAAAAGGAGUACGGCAGGGCGAUACUAUCUUGCCGAAGCCCUUCGCGGCUGCAUUACAAUGGAUAAUGAAAUCAUUUGAUUGGGAAGAAAGGGGCAUGCGUGUUGAUUUGAAAUUUCUCUCGAACCUUCUUUUUGCGGACGAUAUCGUUCCCUUUACGAGAGCCGAGUAA